AUGAAUUAUAUCAAUACUGCUAAUUAUAAAAAAGAACUUGACUCACUUUCUAAAGUGAAUAAUACCAUAUCGGAUGAAAACCUGAUAGAACAAGGAACAAGGUUUAAGGACCUUAAUACUGAUCUUUUACAAUCUGUGCAAUUAUUAUCCCAAGACUACCCUGAAUUGGUAAAUAUAACUGAGGAUGGUACUACUACUAUUACUCAACACUCUCAGGAUAAAAUCAUCGAUUUUGAAUGUCUGGAGGAAAAAAUUGUUCAGUUUAACAAGAUCAUCAUGUCUUUGAGAAUGAUCUAUUUAGAACAAGAAUCCCUAGAUAAUUUCUUAAGGUAUACCAUAUCUUCGAAUACUCGAGAUCUUCCCAUCGAGUCUAUUGAUGACCCUAAAAUAUUGACGCUGGAAUCUGAAGUGAAUACUUUAGAAAACGAUGCCAUCUCUGAACGACAACGAGAAUUAAGUGAUAUUAAGUCUCGAAUCUCAAAGAAAAGCAUUUAUUUGUUCAAUGAUGAUUGUAUGAUAAAAGAGUUAUGCAUAGAGACUAGUGAACAGUUAGAAGAAUGCCAGGAUUUACUGGAACAAAUCGAUCGAGAACAAAUUACAAUGAAAAAAAAUGAAGUUCGUAAAAGCCAGGAUAAGAUUUCCAAGAUUACAAACACUUACAAAAAAUGGCAAACGAUCAACAGACAGAUGAAACUUCAGGAACAAUUAUCAAGACAAGUCGAGGAUGCAAUAAUGCUGAAGACCUUAAAUCCUUCUUCCACUAACGAUAACAAUAAAGUUGAAUCUGAUGUUAUCAUUAAAUACAAAACCAUUUCCAAAUUAACAAAUCUUCUAGAGAAAUAUUUCUUACCUAAUUUUGAUAAUAUUGACAAUUUAAAAAUUUCACCAUUAGACCAUACAAUAACGUUCACAGUGAAGGAUAAAACUGAUAAAGAAUACAAGGUGAAAAUAACAUUAGAUGAACAGACACAUUCUUUGAAGGAUAUUGACGUCAGCGAUAAUAACACAAUGGCAAAACAAAUCAUGAAGCUAUAUUAUGGAGAAUGCAAUAUAUACAAAGUUAUUUACUAUAUAUCUAUUAAGAUGUAA